AUGCUACGACUGAAACGAUCAUUGAUCGACGCGAAAAGAGGCGAUAAUGAUGAAAGACAGACCAAAGACGAACGCGAAAUGAUCAAUUCCAACAUUUUCCCGAUAUCCUACGACAGCAUUACUUCGCUUCUUGCUAUCUCAGUAUACGAUGCGUAUAUCUUUGGACAAACGUUCGACGUACCUAGCAUGAACCUACUACCAAUGGUACUUGACUACAAGUGGAUUGGAAAAGAAUGUUUAGGCUUAAUCUUGCGGUUGGUUGGAAAUGCACAGCGAUUUGCUCAUGUGGAUAAAGGCCUGUUCUUGCUGAUAUUCUUGGCAAAGCACGUGGACAUUACCAUUGAUGUCCAAACUCUCACUGAGUCUCAGUUACCUGGUCCAUUAGUUGGGCACCAAAACUUUGAUUUGAUCCAAGGGCUCCAGGUGAUGUCGUCUGUUGCAGCCAUGUGUCCCAAUGCUGACUUGCGCUAUGCUGCGUAUCAGCUGAUAUCCUGCUUCAUCAACAUGUGUGCUAACGACGCGCAAUUAUUUGUCUUUAUGGAACUUUUUGACAGCUGCCCAUUGGAGACAAUGCGGGCUGCUGCUGUUGGUUUGCUCAAAAACCAGAUUUGUGAACAAAACCUUUUUAAUUCCAAUGUCAUUGCCGACAAGCUCUUCCCUCGACUUUUUAAAAAGCCCAACACAUCUACUCUAUGGGACAGAUACGGAUUUGAAAUGCAGGUGCUCAAUCUAUAUCUGUAUCUUCUCAUUCGCGACAAACCUCCAAGCAGGGUAAGGAAAAAGGAAUAA